AACGCGCCGGAGCGCUUUUACACGGACACGGAGGAAUCCCGCCUUCAAGUGUCUUUUUAUAGUUUUUUUUUUUCUUUUUGUACUUACGCUGUAACGUACAGCGUAGCGAGUGCUACAUUUUGGAUUUUGCAUGUUCCAAAGAGCGCCGCUUGUUUUGUCCGCCUGAGAAGCCCCGGAUUGACAGACAAACGAGCCAAUCACAGCGUCGAGGCUGUCGUCGCAACUCCCGUACUGACACCGGAUUGGUAGAAGGCAUUCCUCCCGCCACCGUCUUGCCGUCGCUUCUGUUUGUUUGCUGUUGAGCGUUUUCUGGCGUGAGCUCAAGUCUACAGAGCGGCCGGCAUGUUCGCGGGGCUGCCCGAGCUGGGCAUCUCCAACGGGGAGGAUCUGAAGGAGACGCUGACGAACUGCACGGAGCCCCUCAAAGCCAUCGACCAGUUCCAGACAGAGAAUGGGAUUCUUCUGCCAUCCCUGCAGUCGGCUCUGCCCUUCCUUGACCUGCAUGGCACUCCCCGCCUCGAGUUUCACCAGUCCGUUUUCGAUGAGCUGCGGGAGAAACUGCUGGAGAGAGUGGCGGUCAUUGCUGAAGGCAAAGAUGAAGAGCGCUACACCAAACUAGAGGAGCUACUGGAGAAGAGCUUCCCGCUGGUGAAGAUGCCUUCCAUUCAGCCAGUGGUGAUGCGUGUCAUGAAGCAUCUGCCCAAGGUCCCUGAAAAGAAGCUCAAGCUUGUCAUGGCCGACAAAGACCUGUAUAGGGUUUGUGACGUGGAGGUGAAGAGGCAGAUCUGGCAGGACAACCAGGCCCUUUUUGGAGACGAGGUGUCACCACUCCUCAAGCAGUACAUCGUGGAGAAAGAGAAUGCGCUUUUCAGCAGUGACCUGUCGGUGCUGCACAACUUCUUCAGCUCCUCGCCGAAAACGCGUCGCCAAGGAGAGGUGGUGCAGAAGUUGACUCAGAUGAUCGGAAAGAAUGUCAAGUUGUACGACAUGGUGCUUCAGUUCCUACGCACGCUCUUUCUGCGUACACGAAAUGUGCAUUACUGCACCCUGCGAGCCGAGCUUCUCAUGUCCUUGCAUGACCUGGACAUCAGUGAGAUCUGCACCAUCGACCCCUGCCACAAAUUCACUUGGUGCCUGGACGCCUGCAUUCGAGAGAAGUUUGUGGAUGCCAAAAGAGCGCGGGAGCUGCAGGGCUUCCUGGACGGAGUCAAGAAGGGUCAGGAGCAAGUUCUCGGGGACCUCUCGAUGAUCCUGUGUGACCCCUUUGCCACUAACACUCUAGUUCUGAGCACCAUACGCAACCUUCAGGAUUUGGUCAGUCAGGAGGCACUGCCCAGGGACAGUCCUGACCUGUUGCUGCUUCUCCGGAUGCUGUCCCUGGGCCAAGGAGCUUGGGACAUGAUCGACAGCCAGGUGUUCAAGGAGCCUCGUCUGGAGCCUGAAUUGGUCACCAAGUUCCUGCCGACUCUCUUGUCGUUUGUCGUGGAUGACUACACCUUCACUGUGGACCAGAAGUUGCUGGUGGAGGAGAAGAUUCCUGUCACGUACCCAAGUGCCCUGCCUGAAUACUUUACAAAGUUCCUCCAGGACAGCCGCGUGGCAUGUGAGAUGGGCCUUUACUACGUGCUGCACGUUACCAAGCAGAGGAACAAGAACGCCCUGCAGAGGCUGCUGCCUGCCCUCGUGGAGACGCACAAUGACCAGGCCUUCGGUGACGUUUUCCUGCACUUGUUCACGGGCACCCUGACCCUGCUAGCCGAGGAGUUUGGCUCGGAGGAUUUCUGUUCUGCUGUGUUUGAUGGCUUCUUCCUCACCACCUGCUCCAGCAGGGAGAACGUGCAUCGCCAUGUGCUGCGCCUGCUGCUGCAGAUUCACCCCAAGGUGCUGCCCACCCGGCUAGAAACCCUGGUGAAGUCGCUGGAGCCUUCUAAGCAGGCCAGCGACGCAGUGCGGGAGCUCCACACGCAGCUGGUGGACAAACUGGACUCGCAGAAGAAAAGCCCUGCCAACGCGGCGGAGACGACGCCCAUGGAGCUGCCCGUCGCAACGCCCGCCCUGACGCCCAGCACCCCUCCGCCAGUGGCCUCGCCGUCAUUGUCUUCUUGAGGCUGGCCACCCUGUCUGGCUGUGCCCACUGCUGUUUGUAAAUAAUAAAUUUACUGGUUUUUGACAUUCUA